AUGCUGUACCAAUCUCCAUACAAUGAAGGCUUCUGGUUCCCAGAGAUCGAUAUUCCCAGCCUAGUACUAGACGAGAAUAUCAAAAAAGCAAGCCCGGCAAAGCCUGCCAUCAUCGACGGCUACACGGGAGAAGUCGUCUUCACCUACCAAAGUCUUCGACAUGACAUCGUCGUGUUUGCCGGGUUCUUGCAGCGGCAACUGCGCAUUGGUCAUGGGGAUGUAGUCGCAUAUCUGUCCUUCAACACGACCUACUACCCCGUCGUCAUUCAUGGCAUCCUUGCGGCGGGCGCAACGGCCUCGGCGUUAAACCCGGCAUACAAGUCCGAGGAGAUUGCGCAUGCGCUCAAGCUAGCGAGACCGAAAUACGCUAUCAUCCAGUCAGCCUUGGUAAACGACAUGAAUGCUGCAAUACGGCUUCUCCCAGACGAUCAGCUAAAGCCUAAGCUCUUCGUCCUCGACGGCGCAUCCACUGAAUACCCGCACCGUGACAUGCACGACAUCCUGGUGCAUGGGUCGACCAACCUCCUGCAACGACCCAGGCGUAGCCCAGAGCAGGUCGCACAAGACCUGGCAUUCAUAUGCUUCAGCUCCGGCACCUCCGGUCUGGUCAAGGGCGUUAGGCUGACGCAUCGCAACGUAGUCGCUAAUGUCUUCCAACAAGGCUACUGUUUGCGGGAUAUGUACACGCCCGAGACGAUCUUCACACUCGCCGUGCCGUUCUUCCACGUGCUGGGGCUUGCUGCGUUUUGCUGUCAGUAUGUGUCGCACGGCGCACCCAUCGUCGUCUUCAAGAAAUUCGAGCUGCCUCAGUUUCUCACGUCUCUCAGCAGAGACAAAGUGACUCACGUCAACGUCGUUCCGCCUAUUGCGCUGGCACUUUUGCAGAGCCCGUUGGCAGCCGAAGCUGACUUCUCUUCCGUCAAAUGCCUGAUGAACGCAGCAGCUCCGCUCAAGCAAGCCUUGGCAGACAAACUGUGUAAGCGUAUGGACUGCGUCCUGACACAGUGGUACGGCAUGACAGAGGCGAGUCCCAGUGUCAUCAGCCAGCGAGAAGGCGAAGCGAAUGUUCCUCACACCAUCGGCCGUCUGUUACCUGGCAUGCAAAUGCGUCUUAUUGACGAGACUGACGUUCCUCAGGGACAGCCCGGCGAACUGCUCCUCCGUGGGCCUAACAUGAUGGCGGGAUACGUUGGGCCGCCAGAAAUAACCGAUUCCGCGGUUCUAGACGGCUUCUUGAGAACGGGAGAUGUCGGUUAUGUCAACGAAGAAGGCUUUGUAUUCCUAGUCGACCGGGUCAAGGAGCUGAUCAAAGUCAAAGGCAAUCAAGUGGCGCCUGCGGAGUUAGAAGCGGUACUCCUCAGCCACCCUGCCGUGACAGAUGCCGCCGUUUGCGGUGUUUAUCUGGAUGACGAGGCCACCGAAUACCCGAUAGCGUAUGUCUCCAUUUCGAAGCCCGCAACAGGUAACACGAUGGUAGCACUUGAAAUACAAGCGUUCGUGGAUGGACAGGUAGCUCACUACAAGCACUUGCAAGGAGGGGUGCACGUCCUUGAAAUGAUAUCAAGGAAGUAA